AUGCUUUUGCAAUACUAGACAACAUUUGUGACCACAAUCUCAAUGUUAUUAUCAUUGAAUUGGAUUUAAUCAGUGUUUGUGUCCACACAUAAUGGCCGCUCUCAUCAACCGAUCGCUCGUCAAAGGCUCAGUUAAGAGCUGUUCCGUGAGCUCCCGAUGGCGUGCCGUUUGCACCAAUUGGACGGCCGUACGGUUGAGUUGCGGUGAUAAUUAUCAACACAUGGGGUCACCAAUGGAUCCGAAUAUGGAAUCGAUUUGUCUGCAGGAAAUGGCGCGAAGAAUGAGUGAACCGGUGGACCACUGGACACACCGGUUGGCCACGUGUUCGCCCAUACAUUCACAACGAGUCCUCAAUAGGUUUUAUUCACAACUCUUGAAGAGGUCUAAAGACUUAAAUUGCUUACAAACUAAUCUCGAUGAGAUUAAAGUAGUAGUGGUUCCGCCUUUGGCUGAAUCCCUCAGCGAAGGAGACAUUCGUUGGGAUAAAGCUGUCGGCGAUUCUGUGGGUGAGGACGAAGUGGUCGGCGAAGUAGAGACCGAUAAAACAUCAGUUCCCAUUCACUCUCCGGUGGCCGGAGUUAUAGAAGAACUGUUGGUCGAGGAUGGCUCUACUGUUCAACCGGGAAAGGCUGUGCUUAAGUUGAGAGUUGGUGCUGGAGGUGGUGCCGCCCCCAAGAAAGCAGGGGCCGCCAAACCCCCUCAAGAGGCUGCCCCUAAAGCGCCGCCACCAUCCAAACCACAAGCAGAGGUCCCAUCGACACCACCACCCCCUCCGCCAAGACCUUCAGCCCCAUUGUCGUCAGCACCGGUUGGAUCUGUUAAACCGAUAGCACCGGCAGCAGAGUCAGGCGGCUUCGGAGUGGGGGCCAGACGUGAGAAUAGGGUUAAAAUGAAUCGAAUGAGACUCAGAAUCGCUCAGAGACUGAAAGACGCCCAAAACACUUACGCAAUGCUCACCACUUUCAAUGAGAUCGAUAUGAGUAAUGUUAUUGAAAUGCGGAACUCAUAUAAAGACGCCUUUCAGAAGAAGCAUAACUUGAAAUUAGGUUUUAUGUCAGCCUUCGUGAAGGCGGCCGCCUAUGCACUCAUCGAUCAGCCCGUCGUGAACGCCGUGAUCGACGACUCGGAGGUUCUAUAUCGAGAUUAUGUGGACAUCAGUGUCGCUGUGGCCACACCUAAAGGACUUGUUGUGCCUGUCAUUAGAAAUGUCGAGAACAUGAGUUAUGCAGACAUUGAGAAAACUAUUAAUGCUUUGGGAGAGAAGGCCCGAAGCGGUUCGUUGGCCAUUGAGGACAUGGAUGGCGGAACCUUUACUAUAAGUAAUGGUGGAGUGUUUGGCUCAAUGUUUGGAACUCCUAUUAUAAAUCCUCCGCAAUCAGCCAUUUUGGGAAUGCACGGCAUUUUCGAGAGACCAGUUGUUAUCAACCAUAAGGUAGAGGUGCGGCCGAUGAUGUAUAUCUGUCUGACGUAUGACCACCGACUGGUCGAUGGCAGAGAAGCGGUCCUUUUCUUACGCAAAAUCAAAGCGGCUGUCGAGGACCCGAGGAUUAUGUUUCUAGAGAUCUAAUAAUGUCUCAAUGUUUUCAAUUUAUUAAUAGUUUUUAUCAUAACUUAUAAUUUAGAGUAAAACAGAGUUUUUAUCGACUGUAAUAUAAAUUUACAAACAAAUUGUGAUUUAAGUGAACUAAAAGUUAACUUAGAUUUUACUUCGCCUUUAGAGUGAACUUCACGAUAGACACGACACGCGAGAGGUUACGCCAAACUGCCAGUCCCUCUGACCGCUCUUUUGGUCCAUAAUAUUUAUUUUGAGUUUUGUUUUAAUGAAUUAGAGAAAGGAAUUAAAAUCUUUAAAUUAGA